ACUUUACUCAAAAAUGGAUAUCCCAGUACAAAUAGCAGUAAGGCUAAAACCUCCAAGCCUAGCUGACUCGACUCAAUGUAUAUUUAGUAAUCCAGUCACUCAGAUUGUAAUCACGGAGAGUGGACAAACAUUUCAUAUAAACAGGGCUCUACCAUUGGACUGUACUCAAGCCAAUUUGUUUAACUCUUUCAUGAUUCCAAUCAAUUGCUUCUUGGAUGGCUGCGAUGCUUCUGUUGUUGUGUUUGGUCAGCCAAAGACAGGAAAAACAUACACUUUAUUUGGUUCAGGUUUUGAAUGCAUUCAUAGUGAGAGUGAUCAAGGAAUCAUACUUAGAUUUCUCACAGAAAUAUUCCAUAAACUCAAUCACAUGCCAGAAAGGGAGUUUAUCUUGCACAUAACAUGGAUGCAAGUUGUAAACAAUAACAUCUUCGAUGUUCUGGGGGCAGGGUUAGUGAGAUGCUACAAUGUUGAAGAAGCUUUUCAGUACCUACAGAUGGGCUGGAGACAAAGGUGCCCGGGGAACAACCAUACGGUGUUCACAGUUAGUGUAGAACAAAAGUGGGUGGGCACCAAUGGUGUGCUUAAUCACAGAAUGUCAACAGCUAGUUUCUGUGACCUAGCAGCCUACCCGGAGCCGGGCCUUUUUGCUCUUGAAAAUAUAAUUAAAGAGCUGUUGGCAGGAAAUCCACCAAAACAAAUUAAUUAUGACCAAUGCACACUCACAGCAAUGCUCAGAGAUUCAUUUGGUGGCAGAGCCUUUACAUGGGUCAUAGGCUGUAUCAGCACAGAGCCUGAAGAUUAUCAGGAUACUCUCAAAAUAUUGAACUUAUGUCUAUGCUGCAGAGGCAUAAAGAAUUUUGUAACUGUUAAUCUCUUUGCUGAUAACAACACCCCUGUUUACACUGAGAAGACAAUGCCUCCUCAAAAUGAAAAUAAUUUUAACUUGCAAUUUGCUACAGCUCAGUGGAUAAAACUGGUUUCAAAUGCUGAAGGACUUUUUAACAAAAUUCUUCUAUCAAAAUCACUGUCUGAAGCUGAUAUUAACCAAGUGACUGAGUGGUUGUUUUUAAAGGCUGAAUGUGAUGAAUGUUUAAGUACUGAUGUUGGAACUGAUAACAAAGAUGCUGGACCCAAACAGGGAUUACCUAGAAUUGCUGAAGACACAGAACCAAGUGAGCCAAGUGAGACUGAUGGGGACAGUGAUUCCGAAGAUAGUCAUUCAGAGACAGUAUUCCAGGAUAAACUUGAAGAAUUCAUGGAAUAUUUUAGAGAGAAGAAUGAUCAACUUUUUGCAGACCGAUGUGAGGAGUACCUGAAUCAUAUUGAUUCUGAUGAUAUUACAAUAUCAGAGACCAGUGGCUCUCAAUCAUUGCCCAUCAUGACGUCCCAGUCUAAUUCAGGACGCCGGCGAACAAUACAACCUGGGGAAAGUCUAUCUGGUGCUGAGUUAGAGCUAUUACGAAAAGUAGCAGCAAAAGCUAUUUCACCUGAAUCUCAAAAGAUAUUAAUAGAAUCACACAAAAAAGAUCUUGAUCCGGAACCAAAGUUAAUAGAGAGAGAGCUAUUGAAGAUGAUAGAUUCACCAAAGACUGACGAAAUAUGCAAAAAAUAUAAAAUAACUAAAGAAAAAUAUACACAAAACCAAGUUUUGGCACGUAAAUUAUCCAAAGAAAUCAGUUGCAGUCAAUCACAACUGAAGGAACUGAUUAAUUUGUGUAUAGCCAAAGAGCGAUUAAUUGAUGACCUUUCAAGGGCAGUGUCUCACAAUACACACAACAAACACUACUUAGAGAAAUCUGAGGAUAAUGUGCUAGUUGAUCAAGAUACCUUGAAAGAAAUAAGAAGACAUGAGUCAAGUUUGAAGACUUAUAAAAAACAGAUUGAUCAAAUUAAAAGACAGAUAAAAAAGGAUGGGAAGCGUAAAAAUACCUUAGAUGUAGAACUUGUAAAAGAUAAAUUAAAAUUAGAUGAACUUUCUGAAAGUUCUCUAGAUGUUAAAGAUAAGAAAACUAACUCAUUAAAGCAUUUUACGAAUAGAAUUACUCAGGUUGAUAGUAUAUUGAAAGAGAAAACGAAUGAUUUAGAAAAUUUGGAACUAUCAAAAGAGAAAGACUUGAUGUUGAGAAAGGAGAUUAAAAACUUGCGCAAAACUCGAGAAUGUUUACAUGAACAACGAUGCAGUUUAGGACAUAAGAGAAAAAUUUAUAAAUCUCUUUCAGAUUCAGAGGAGCGCAAAUUAUUAGAGUGUGAAGAGGCUAUUGAGGCCAUAGACACUGCCAUAGAGUAUAAGAACAAUCUGAUUUGUGGCAAAUCACCUUCUGCUUCCCUCUCCGACACCCAGGAUGAUAGGGACUCGAGGACUCGCGGCGAGCAGAUGUUGAUGGGAAGGCUUGACAAAUUAUCUCAUGAUGAAAUGAAAACUCUUUUGUAUAGAUAUUUCCAAAAGGUGGUGGACCUGCGAGGCGCGUGCGCGGCGUUGGAAGCGCAUCGAUACCUUGACGGCGGUAACGCAGAAAGAGCUCUGUCGCUCGGCAUGACCACCGACUCGGAGACGUCAGAUGACGCUAUGCGGCUGGUAGACCGCAUGAAACAGCUAGCGAGGUAUCCUCCGGCCCCAGUUAUCCCCAGUCGGAAUCUGAAGCAGCUGAUGCCAGCCACGAAUAUACUCGUCGCCAAAGGUGACCAAGGAGAAGAUCAAGCUAGUCAUAGUCCAACAGCAGAGUAAGCAAGCGCAACUGAUAUUUGCAUAUUACGUUGAUCAUGAUCAACUUUAACAUCAUAUUGUUCGUACUAUUCUCGUAGGUACUUGCUGAGGCACAUGCUUCCGUAUAUCAUCAACUUCGCAAGCAAAUACGACUCGGAGGAAUAAACGGACGCGAACUUUGACCCUUAUGGCUAAUAAAUAAUAAUAAAGACAAAAAGGUUGUGAUGGAUUAUGUGGACAGCAGUGAUGUCUGUGUGAGGUGAUUCAAUUUGAACAGUUAAAAAAAGGUGCGUGAUUUGACUUCGUUGUGAAAAGGUUGUGGUGAACUUAUCUGAGGAACGUUUUGGAUGAUCUCGAGUGUUGGGAACUUGGGAUUGAAGUAUUUGUUUUGGCUCUUUUUACAAUGCCCAAGUAUUAUGAUCUCCAUUGUAAAGCGUGUCGUUUUUUAGUAUGCAAUCAAAAAUGCUUUUAGCUAUAAAAGUAACAAUACUCUUUUAGAAUACUCGUUUAAUAGGCACUACUAGUUACAAUGUACAAUAGUCCAUGAGUUUAGAAUUUUAGAUAAAAUGUAUAAAAAGUACAGAAUAUGUAGUUUCUGUCAUCUAUAAUAUUUAUGUAAGUAAUGUUAUUUACUUCUUUCUAAACCUUAUGAUGCGACGUCGUGUGGAUGGUUAUUUGCAUGUUUAAUAUCAUAAAUAAUUAUACACUCAACAUCAAAUAAGCCGCACCUUCCGCGACGCGAACUUUAAAGAUUUUCAUAGAUCAAAGAUCAUGGUACCC